GGGCUGGUGCUGCCCCUGGCGCUGCUGGCCGGGCUGCAGAGCCUCUGCCGCGCCUGCCUGCCGCUGCCCCUGGGGCUCGCCCUGGCCGCCGCCGCCGCCUGCCUGCUGCUGUGGCGGGCGUCGCCCCGCAGGCUGCUGCCGGUGGCGGGUAGAGCCGUCCUGGUCACAGGCUGCGACUCCGGCUUCGGGCAGGCGACGGCGCAGCACUUGGACGCCAUGGGCUUUCAGGUGUUCGCCAGCGUGCUGGACCCGCAGGGCCCCGGCGCCCAGGAGCUGCGCAGGAGCUGCUCGCCGAGGCUGACGCUGCUGCAGAUGGACCUGACCAAGCCAGAGGACAUCCAGCGUGUCCUGCAGCACAUCCAGGCCCACACAAACAGCACAGGGCUCUGGGGCCUGGUGAACAACGCUGGCUUCAAUGACACCAUCGCCGACGCCGAGCUCUCGCCACUGGGCAAGUUUCGGACCUGCAUGGAGGUGAACUUCUUCGGUUCGCUGGAGCUCACCAAGGGGCUGCUGCCCUUGCUCCGCUCCGCCGGCGGCCGCAUCGUCACCGUGAGCAGCCCCGCAGGUGACCUGCCCUUCCCCUGCCUGGCAGCCUACGGGGCCUCGAAGGCAGCCCUCAGCCUGCUCAUGGACACCUUCCGCAGCGAGCUCCAGCCCUGGGGCGUCAAAGUCAGCCUCGUCCUGCCUGGCUACUACAAAACAGGGACGACGUGCGACCCUGCCUUCUGGAACCUGCAGAAGCAGCGGCUGGUGGCCAGCCUGCCCCGGGAGCUGCUGCAGGCCUACGGCGAGGACUACGUGGAGGAGAUCAAUCGCCAGUUCAUCCAGUUCAUGAAGGUGGCGGUGGAGGACCUCAGCGCGGUGGUGAACAGCAUCACGGACGGGCUGCUGGCUGCCAACCCAGCCGUGCGCUACUACCCAGGGCAGGGCCUUGGGCUCAUGUAUUUCAUACACCGCUACCUGCCCUAUUUCGUCCGAGACUUGUUCUUGAAAGGAUUCUUCAUCAACCCCAAGCUGCCCCGAGCGCUGCGGCGAGAGCACCACAACGACGCGAAAAAGGCCUGACCUCGGCCCGCAUGCGGUCGCGGGGCAGGAGCGAGCCUUCGCCCGGGAUUUCCAGGCACACCAGCC